GGAAGGAGCGAGGCUGGAUGAAGUCAUACCGAGCCAGCAAGGCUGCGUGCGUGUUGUGUCAGACUGUACAAUAGCCUGCACGGCAGCGAGGGAAGAGAGGACGCUGUUAAGGAGGGGCAGGAGGACAGGCGAGUAGGUGAGUGAGUGAGUGGCUAGGGAGGGUUAUGUGUGCGUGCAGCCCUUUCUUUGCUCAUAACAACAACACCGGGUCAAGUUGUCAGCGCACGACGCUGGCACGUUGCGAAUAAUCGCUACAGCGGUGAAUCUACCAAAUUGCAAUUACAAUAGCUAUUAAGGACUCAAUAGCCGGGCCGCGUUAGCACAUCGGGGAGGCAUAGCAGGGGCCCCCCCCGACGCAGUGACAGCGCUCGCCACGCCGGGCAGGCGGUGCAGCACAGCAAGUAGCGCGGCUCGUUUUAAAGAUACUCUCUCAGUGCUGUUCAACGCCAGCCGCUCUGAGAGUACACACAGAGCGAGCGGGGGCCACACAUGCGCACGCCGUAGCCGUGGGUUGUUACCCUGCCGUGCCCCCCCAACCCACCCAGUCGGCCGCACGCCACUGUGCAUGCUGUGCGCGUGUGGCUCGAGCCGUCUAUGUAGUCGGAGCCACCCCUCUCGUUGCCCGCGAGCGCAGCAGAUCGUCCGCCAGACAUGUCUUACCAGCACGCCUUCUUGUACCAGUCUCCCGCCGCAUCGCUCGCUGCGCUCUACCCAUCCGGAUCGUCGUCGUCGUCGUCUUCGGCGGCCGCCGCGGCUGCUGUUGCAGCGGCGGCCGCGGCUGCUGCGGCCGCGGCUGGAGGCGCGGGGCCAGGGGGGGGAGGAGGAGCGGCCGCGGCCGCGGGGCUCCUGAUCGGCUCCGCAGCCGGCGGCGUGGGAUCCGUGAGCGCCGGAGUUGGUGGUGGUGGUGGAGGGCCAAGCGGAAUGCUUCACGCGGGACGAGGAGCCGAACUUGGACGUUCAGGGUCUGCGUUCAGCCCCUACCCCGGGCUAAGAGCCUCCCUCUACGCAGGCCCCUUCCAGUACGCGGCCGCCGAUGGUCCCCCCUAUGCGGCGUACAUGAGCUCCCCCUACGAUGCGCACCCCCUCACCUACCACCCCUACGGCGGCGCGAGCCACCCGAGCCUGGGUCCGGUCGGAUACCCAUACGGGGCCGGAGGAUGUGGCGUGGCGGACCCGGCGUUCCGCAAGAACGCCACUCGCGACGCCACGGCCACGCUCAAGGCCUGGCUCAACGAGCAUCGCAAGAACCCGUACCCCACCAAGGGGGAGAAGAUCAUGCUGGCCAUCAUCACGCGCAUGACGCUCACCCAGGUCUCCACGUGGUUCGCAAACGCCCGCCGGAGGCUCAAGAAGGAGAACAAAAUGACGUGGGUGACCAAGGCGCGGAGCGACGAUGAGCUGGAGGACGACGACAAUGACGGCGGUGGUGGCAAGGAGCUGGGCGACUCCUCGGAGAGGAGCGAUCGCGACGGAGAUCUCAUCCUCAACGUGUCGGAGCCGGCGUCGGAGUCCCAAGAUGACAGGGUCCACGGCAUCGCCGUCUCGGGAGACGGUGGCGGCGGCACCUCGAAGUGCGACGCGGUGUCGUCGCGCCGCGCCGGCCCGGACUGCGACAUGUCAGACGGGGAUGACGAGCGACUCUUCCCGACCUCCACGACCGGCGGCAUUGGUGGCGCCACCGUCGUCCUCGCGACUCCCCCGCCCGGCUCGCUGCAGCCCGCCAGCGCUCCCGACCGGCCCUCGCUGGUGCAGCACACAUCGGCCGCCAUGAACGCGUCGCCCUCGAUACUCACCACGUCGCCCGUCGCCGGCACGGAGGCGCCGCGGCUGGGCCGGGGAUCGCCGGUGCUGGAGAACUCGAGCACGGGGCAGGCGCCGGCAAACGGGACCUUCGUCGCGUCGCAGUCGCCCGGCGCCUCCAGGAUCAACGCGGGCGGUGCCGGCAGUGGCGGUGGCGACCGCGUGGGUGCUGCAGUCACCGCCGCCGCCGUCGGCAGCAACGCUGGCAACGGAAACACCGGCGGAGGCAACGGCGUGACGCCCACCAAACCCAAGCUGUGGUCGUUGGCUGAGAUUGCGGGCGCAUCGGACGAGAGGAACUGUUCGGACGCUCAGAGCCACGGCCACCACCACCACCAGCACCACAACCACCACCACCAUCACCAACAGCAGCAGCAGCAGGCGGCGAUGCAGGCCGCGGGCAUUCCCUGCAUGCUGAGUGCGGCGGCUGCGGCGGCUGCGGCAGCUGCGGCGGCAUCGCCCUCCUCCUCCACGCAGGCGCACGCGUACUACGCGUGCGCGUCGCCCGCAUACUUCUCACGCUACGGCGUGGCGGGCUACGCCGCCAACUUUGGCGGAUUGCCGGGAGCAGGCGGCGGCGUCGUCGGUGGUGGAGGAGGAGGAGGCGGCACCGGUGGUGGUGGCGGCGGUGGUCUGCGAGGUUUGCCCGCGCCGCCGGGGAACGGACUGGUCUACCAGACGGUGUUCAAGUCCGGCCAUCGCGUGCCACCGCCUGCAUACCUCUUCGCAGGGUACGGCGGCGGUGGCGGAGUUGGCACUGGUGGCGUUGGCGCUGGCGGCGGUGGAGCGGAGGUGAGGAUUUUGGAGACGCAGGAGACGCACGAUGGCAAGGAGAUGAUCGCACUCGACUGCAAGCGAGUAUGUUCUGCGAUAUAUCCUGUCCUAGGUCCACAAGGGGCAGGCGCUGUUAGCGAGCACCUUCUAAGGUGCACCAGGGAGUUGGUGUGGUCGGCACCACGCCCGGCCGCCUUUUUCUUACACACCGCACCAGCCUUCGACGAUGACGACGAUGCAUGCAGUGUAUGAAGCCCACGCCUGGGUCAAGUCAGCAGCUGGGUGUCGCACUCGCUCAAGAUGACUUUGAACGUCGUCGGGCGGAGGAUGAGUGAAGCUGAGCAUAUCGCGGAACUCCGCAGCGUGCGUGAAUAUAAAACUCCCAGCCAGUGCACAGGGGGGGGGGAGUGGGGGGCUCGGGAUAUCCUCCCGCAUUCCCUCCCUUUCCUGUCCUCUCGCCCCGCCGUCUCCCAUCGUCAAUACACCCCGACCAGCUUCGCGACAGCUUCGUUCCCGACGACGGCAGCAGCAGCAGCAGCAGCAGUCCAUGAGUCGCGUGACGUCAACCACCGCCCAGUCUCUGAAACCGUCGUCCACCUUCUGCGCUCACUGCCCGUGGCACGGUGGCACAACGGAGACACGUGCACGACGCACGCGUGCCCCCUGCUUCACAUCGGUCGUUCUCAAGGUGCCGGCCGCGAAAACUCCGUGAGCCACUGCCGGCAAUGAGCUUCCUGAAGGGCGAUGACGAUAUCGAAAAUGAACAUGAAGAGGCAGGCAUGCCCCCCUUCCCUCCCACCCCCCCCCUCACCCCAUUACGCACAUGCCUCACCACAUUUUAAUAUGAUUAUCAUUCAUGACAGUCAAUCCUCUCCUGCAUAUUUCGCGACGUAUUUAACAAAGGCAACUUAAAGUUCUAUUUAAUUCCGGGCGAGUCGAGCGCCGCCAGCCCCUCGCGGAACUCUGGAGACGCGGCGAGAGCGGCAGGCGGUGUUUUUGGCGUCGCAAAGAGAGGCUUGCCGCUAAUCCAACGGCUCCUUCGGGGACGCGUGCCGACGGUGCCGACGGCGGCGCCGAUGCCGGGUGACGAUGGCGGUGACGAUGGCGACUUCGAUGUCGGAGGCAUUUGUGCGCGCGCGCGGAGUUUCGCAGGAGCUCUUUCGCUCGACUUAACGCAAACCUGUUUACCCUGUACUUUAUACAUAUAUAUGACUAUAUAAAUGUACAUACAGUAAUCGUUUUCGACGAUUUUCUUGCAACUGCACGAGUCAUUUUGUUUUUUUCCUUCACGGCGUUUGCUAUUAAAGCCCCCCCCCACCCUUUUUCAAGUUGUGUUUGGUGUGCGUUAGAUGCUGCGGGAAAUAUAGCACUUUAAUGACUUCGUAAUGGACCGGGUUGCGCUGCGGUGAAGAGCACUUUGCUUGGUUCGCAAUCGGGAGGCCGCAAGUUCAGUCCCCAGUUGCGCGCCGGCUCAGCCCAUCAUCUCUCCGCGGUAGAAUAAAACUGGUAUCAAUUUGUGGGGAGUCAACAGGGGUCAUCCGUAAUGGGUGUAAGACUGGCCCCCAGCCAUGGAAAUGCAGGAUUUCCAACACUGGCUUGAUAUCCACCGUCUAAUCGCUUACACGAACAAGGGGACUGACUUUGACUUUGGAAGAAGUGUUUGCCUGUUUUUCACGCUGCAGAUUGUGUGUUGACUAACGGAUAGAGUGGAUUAAUAGUGAACGCAGAGGGAAACGCAUCGUGUGAAAUACGGUCAGUCGGAAGUUUCUCAUGGUUGUUUUGAGGCCGAUGGCCACAGUUCAGCUCCGAAGGUGAUAACUUUCGGACAAGAGGUAAUGGUGGAAAACACAACGACAAGUACAGCUGUAGUGCAGUUUAUUUCCUCGUUAUCAAAACUAAUAAUGCCACCCUCCAGCAUUUAUUUAUUUACGUCUUAUCGUUACCAGACUAAGUCGCGUUUUCUACAAAUGCAACCCUGAAAUAUAAAGAGAAAUAAAAAAAAUAACGACAAAAAUACUGAACGCUUAUAUUUUCUCAGAACCUGUGCGAACAUGAAAAUGCAUGCAAUGACGUGGGAUUGUCUCGAGUCAAUUGUAAAUACACAGUAUGUGUGUGUGCGUGUGUUUUUGUUUGUUUGUGCGCUUUGAACAUAUAUGCAGACUUGUUGAUUUUGACAUUUUGCUUUUGAUGCAAAGUGGAACCCCCUUUUGCAAAUUGUAUAUAUUUGCUGACGUGUACAUACAAACGUGAUAAAGAAAAAAAAAAGAAACACACUUAUCAAACCUCAGGUUCAGCGCUAUGUAUUUCGGAUUAAGAAUGUGUUUAUAUGCUUGCAAACGUGACGGCAGAUCGACUGCAUAAACUAUAUCUCCGUACAGAUGCAUCAACAAAAACGUGGAAACACAUGCGAGUAUAUGUACUACACAAUAAAGUUAACUCAAAUCUGUUUUCUUUUUCAUUCGUGGGAAAGAUAUUUUAGAAUUUAAAAAGUGAGUCUCUUGGACUUUGCGUUUCUUUAGACGACGUAAGAGCUUGAUGCUGAUUUGCAGAAUUUCCAAUUCUCUCAAGCGAAUGUACAUAUUUGUAACAUAUUUGGAAUACAGAGUUUUAGCUCCGAACUACUGUCAUGUGUAUAAACGUGUGCUGAAAAACAAUUGUAAAGUUUCAAUAAGAUUGUGUGUGUGUGUGUUCUAUUCACGAAAAGUCGUUUGCUGUGUAAAUAUAAUUAUAUAAGCAUUGGUAAACUUAAGCUUUUAAACUCCUAAGCGUAUUGUUUUACUUUUUGUAUGACACAUUGUAUCAAAGUUUUUGUAACG